GUCUGAGCCUGGAACUAUGCACCAAAGUUAAGUUAUUAAUUAUAAAAGUUUCACAGUAUGACAUGGUAGUUUUAAAUACUAAUAAAUGCUUAAUUUUACAGUAAAAGUAUACAGAUCUUUAUUAGGCGACAGUUUUUCUAUAUAUGCAAUAUUUUGUUUCGUAUUUUUCAAUAUUUUGAACAGACCAGACGUGUCGCUAUGAAAAGAGGAAGUCGCGACGAGCGUGUUUUGUGCUCUGCUGUAAAGCGCGUAAUACGGGCGCAAGACGUUUCUGAAGCGCGGCUGGCUGAACGACGGAUGGACGAACGACGGCUCACUUGACCGCAGUACAACAUGUGGAGUUGGUGUAACGCUAAAAGGCAUCUCCUGUCAGAAGAUGUUAUCAAACUUCAGGACUUCCAGCAAAGGAAGCUGGCCGUGGCCUAUCGCCUUACUGCAUCAAAGGGAAAUUUUAUAGAUGUAUUCAGUCAAAAGCUUAAAAGUAACAAGCUGAUCAUGACAAAUGAGCUGAAGCUACUCCUUCACCUGUGCCAGUCUGCAGAUCACAUGGUGGUAGCCAGAGAAGCCAUCUAUAGAUAUCACACUGUGAACAGAAACAUGGUGAUUGGAGAGUUUAAGUUUGGCCCUCUCUUCAUGAGACUGUGCUAUGAGUUGGGUCUGGAGGAAAUGGCUGCUGCUACAAUUACUGACAAGACAAUGCAAGGAUUUUUCAAUGACACAACUUCCUUUAACAUUGCAAUAAAUAUGUUAUUCACAAAACAUUCCUAUGAAAAUGCUUUGGAGGUACUAAGAACCAUGAGAAACCAAGGUGUACCAUACAACAAUGACACCUUGAUACUGGCAACUGGUACCCUCUAUAAACUGAACACAGCAGAGUCAUACAGGAUCUGCACAGCUAUCGUUGAGGAGAGACAGACUAAAGGUUACUUAAUCCCCAGACGUGCUUUUUGCUUUGCUGUGGGAUUAGCACUUAGACAGAGGGACAUUAAAAAGGCAGAAUCAUUAUAUUCACAAAUUCUGAACACAGACAGCAAAAUAUGCUCAAACCUGAAAGUUGCAUUACUAACCAUGUCAGGAGCAGUCACCGAUGCCAUUUCGAUAUUGUCUGCUGCCAAGCUGCCAAAAACCCCUUAUUUGAAGAAACCUGAAUUUUCUCAGGAGGUGGUGCAUUUGCUGCGUUUGCGGAGUGAGGGCAGACCAUACAUGAUGGAAGUGGAGCAGCUAGUGACUCAGCUUGAACAAGCGGGCCAGUUGACCCAGGAGACCCUCGACGACAUGUUGUGUCACACACCAAUAGCGGAUAGAAGACACCAACCACUGAUGAGUGAGAGGAGGACCAGCCGAAGGACUUUGAGGCCACUAAAAUUCACGCUGUUGUCAGAGUGACAGUUGGAUGUUUAAGCCCUUUGACUGUACAUACACUUGACUUUGCCAUAAUGAUCUACCUCCCCUCUGCUGCUCAGCUGAUUGGACCUUGGCCCAAUAAUGUGUUAACCCUUUACAAAAGGUGAUGGAAUAAGGUCACAGUCCAUGGUUGUGAACAAGGCACAACAAAAAUCUGCUGAAAUAAAAUUACAGAGAAGAAUCUAUAAUCAUUGCAUUUCUGCAAUAUAUAGAUAACAUGGGUGGUUUGACUGCUGUUCUGUACAUAAAGAAGUGAAUGAAUGAUUAAAGAUGGUUUGACUAUGAAAAAACG